AUGUCGACUUCGGGAACGCUGACGAUCAAGGUGCACGGCAUCGAGGCAUCGUUCGGCGAAGAAAGGCUGGCCGGUGAGAAGCUGGCCGUGCGUUUCGCCGUGGGCAAGGCCGAGCAUACGACCAAGUUCCGCAAGCACGACGCCCCCAUCGACGAGCACGUGAAGCUCAGCGUCAAGCACGCGUCGGCUGAUUCGAAGCUCACCAUCGAGUUGCUGCAGGAGAAAUACUGGAAGCCCCUCGUGAGCACGCAGAAGGCGCUGACCCCCGAAUACGAAAACAGCGAAGCGAACCGCAAAAUGGUGUUCACGUUCGGCGCCACAGCCGCGCCCAGCACGGUGCUGCUCUCGUACUGCGCCGACUGGCGCCCGAACAAGACGACGCUGGCCACGAUCGAGACCCACCGCCCGUGGUUCAUGCGCGCGUCCUACUACUACGACACCACCAAGAACGUGUACAACUACACCACGAGCUUCCGCAUUGUGGCCCCGUUCGCGCGCUUCGGCGAGAACAUGACGAACAUGAUGCUCACCAAGGUGAGCGGCAAGUCGCUGCACGAUAUCGACGGGGCCUGGGUUGGCCCUGGCCUGCUAGCCCUGGACAAUAAGGUGGACGACGGGGUUGAAGUGGUCGUCAAGGCUUCCUCAGCCGUCUUCAACGCAGUGGCCAGCGUGGCCAAUUACACCAAGACGCAAGUGGUGCACGCUUCGUCGUCGACCUACGGCACCGUCAAGAGCACGACCUACUCGGUGCUGAGCUACGUGCCGGUGAUCGGCCCCAAGAUCGUGGCCUAA